AUGGACUUGCAAUCCCCAUCUAUCUUGGCGCAAUUGCCGCGCCCGCUUCAUGCCUCCACUGGCAAAACUCGUAUCGGCGAUGUCUACAGUCUGGCCGAUGCCAAAAAGCGCAAACGCUAUGAAGUUGGCGUUGCUGUGGAUGGUGAAGCUAUUAACAUCUACAAUGUACAAACACCCAAACUUGUCACCUCGUACGCCGUUCCGCCGCAGUCAAUUUUCUCUUGUCGCCCUUGUUCCGUCCGUCGAAAGAUAUCCAAGAAGUCUUUAGUAAAGAGACAGACAUAUGUCGCAGCAACGAAGCCUGAACAACAGCUCAAAUGCUUUGUUGAGGAGAUCAGCAAUGGUUCUAGUGCACCGGCAAUCUCUUCCUCAACAACUACUAUCACCGACUCGCGCAGUCCAACGGCAUUCAUUGGCAUUCUUCCUACAGGCCAUGACGACGAAGAUGAGAAAGACUCCUUUGAUGUUGUUACAGUUCAUGGAGACGGUCGUAUUCGCAGAUUAUCGGCUGAUUUGAAAACGCAACGGUGGAGUAUCCAGCACAGCGAAAUUUCGAAGACUUCUUCAACUCACACUGUCCAAACGUGCUUUUUGAUCGAUAUCGAGGAUGCACGAAAGGCAUUGUUCAAGAGGCGCCAGGAUCUGGCUGCACUUGCGCUAGGAGACCAAAUGACUGAUGCAGCGACUGAGCCAUCUAUCUUACUCAUGAUUUCGCACCCCAAGGAUGCCGUUUCUUUUGCACUUGAAGAUGUGAACAUUCAAGUUUUCUCGGUGCCUACUAGCUCUGGAGCGCAGGAGGAGAGCCAACGCCUUCAUCACCUUCAAACCAUUCGAGUACCAGGACCAAGUGGAUUCAACAAAAUCAACAGCAACGGCCUGCAAUGGAACUUUCACCCUGGAUCGGCUGGCUUACAACUUUCUUUCGACAAGGGGUUCUUCAGCAUCGAUAUGUCGCAAUAUGCACCAUCUGUCACCUCGCAAUUCACUCUAGAUGGUAACUUUUCUUCUGUGAUGCGUGUCUCUCCUCAGUGCAUCAUUGGUGCCACCGACUCGUUGGUCGCGGUAUACGAUACUCAGUACCAGUCCGUGCAAAGAAGCAUCGCUUUGAGAGAAAUCCUACCAACUACAGACUCGGGUGCGCCAAUUUCAUUUAUAAGUUACUUCGCAAAGCUUGGAAUCGCUGUGGGAACGAAAGGAAAUGCGCUUAUCGCUUUUGAUUUAACAUCUCUGCAUAGCCAUUCCGGGCCUUCUCUCAAGCGUUCACGCGAUGGUCUUCUUAUCGAUGCCAUUGGGCGUGGUAUCGGUGCAUCGGCCGGUCAGUGGGAUGUGGCAUCCAAGAAACACCGCUCCGACAGCAUGAUCGCAUCACACCUCAAUUCUCCAGAGAAAAUCGAGAAAUGGAACAAAUUGACAGAAACGAUCAGCCUAGCCAUGGAAUCUAAGGAUGCUGAUGCUUUCGACCGAGCUGUGCAGACUUACUUCUGUCCUCUUGAUUCCCCAACAACCCUGCCUACUCCAGGAGAAUAUGUUGACCCGGAAACAACUCUGUUCCUGCUCUCUAAAAUUUUCAUUGCCGAGAAUUCAGAAUCAAAAACAGAUAUGACAGCGUCUUCGUCGUUCCAUCUGCGCAUUGCUCUCUGGCCUCGCAUUACUUGUGCUUGGUUGAUUAACCUUGGUCACCUGUCUCCUGAUAAUGUCGAAAUUGCGCUCCGACGAGCUUCAAAGCCCCAUAUUAUCCAACCGCUGCCAACCGGAACCUUCACCCAGGCCCUUAUAGAUUCCGACCCAUCGAUGAAACGUGUUAACCACGUGCUUGGUGGUUCUUCAGCUUUUACUGUCAACGAGCUGUCAUACGCCUUGAAAUACUUCCUUGCCCAGGCGCGUGACCGUUCCGGUGCACUUGAAGAGACUGCCCGAGCAAUCACCAAUGGUGAUAUCGCUACCCCUACUGAAGAACUCUCCCGUCACUUGGGGAGCGAAACAGCUACUGUAAAGGCAAUCUUCAAGGGGUUGAACACUUCGCUCCACAAAAUCCACCUCCACCCUCUUUCAUCUGUCACAAAAUCUCUUCGAUCUAAUUUAGCGCGCCAGGAGCUCAUCUCCAUGAUUCACCACCUCCGCCUUUCUCUUGCUACUGGUGGUUACAUGUCUCGAUUCUCCGAAAACCCCCCUACCCCUAUUACAAUUGACAUGGUUACACCUUCCCUCUCUCUCAAGACAAUCACCGAUCUGCUUACUUCCGCUGUUGAUGCUGUUGGUCCUUCUGGCUGGAUCUCUGCUCUUCCAAAUGUAAAUGAUCUUGAUGAUGAGACCGCCUCCACCAUUGCUGCGGCCACCCGGGAAAUGGAUCUAAUUGCCGAUAUGCGUGCUGAGGUUUCUGCCACCUUGGGAGGUAUCGAAGAGGCAACCUAUCUGAAGGGAAUUCUUCGUGAGUACCUGCGCUUCGCCGACCAAGUUGUGGCCUCAAACACAGCCGGCAAUGUAGUUGCCAAGGUUGAAGAGGAGCCAGUCGAUAAGCCAUCCCAUCUUAUACGUCAUGAGAAGCUCAAUGGCGCUGAUUUGUUGGUUUAUUCCCGCCCCGGCGAAGGCGAGGAUGGUGUUGAUGCUGAGGCCAGCGGCAAAAUGCUGCCAUUGUCAAUGAAGGCUGCCUCCACAGAUGUGACUCGCACCAAGGUGAAGAAGUCAACGGGAGAGGCGAAGGUUCGCAGCGAUCGUGAGAUUAGCUACCUGCGUCGUAAGGAGGCUGGAAAAUACUCCUUUGAAAAAUUGCUGAUUUAA